UUUGAAGAGAAGAGUUCCACUAAGUCCAAACUAUCAACAAGUUUGCAAUGACCUGACGACAGGAAAGAUUUACAGUUUUCUACAAGUUUAAAAUGGCAACCAUUGCUCAACAAGUGAAUUACCUCCUGGCCUCUGGCCAGUAUCACACCAUACUGUCCAUCAUAAAGGGGUUUAGGAAUGGAGCAGUAUAUGGUGCUAAAAUCCGGUUUCCCCAUGCUCUGGUGAUGACUUUCCUUUUCAAGAGAGGAAGCAUAAAGGAGAUGGCCAAAGGGAUCCUGGAAGCCACAUUCACACAUUCCAAGAACCUGGCUUGUUUUGUGUUUGUGUACAAAACCCUGACCAAUCUCAUGGCCUGGUUCGAGACGCACGAGAAACAGUACCAGUCAUUUAUCGCUGCAUUCAUUGGAGGUUACUUUGUAUUUGGAAAAUACAAUAAAGUUAAUGAGCAGAUCAACCUGUACUUGCUGUCUAGAAUUCUGUAUGGACUGGCUAAAUUAGCCGUAAAACGUGGCUACGUUCCAGCUCCAAAAGGGGAGGUGUUCCCGUGGUUUGCUGCCAUUGUGUGGGGGAUCGUGUUGUGGCUCUUUGAGUAUGAACAAGACACUCUCCAGCCAUCGUUAAAAUCAUCCAUGACCUAUCUUUAUCAUGAUAGCAACAGAUGGAAUAAUUUUAAAAAUUUUCUAAUUUAUAAUAAAUGAUAGCUUUAUAUACAGGGACUAUAUUACUGUACAUGUGUAAUUAAUAAGAUAUUGAUUAAAAUCAAGUUUAGUAUGAUUUUAAAGAUGACGGCAGGUGACGUUUUUAUUCUGAGAAUUUUGUGUCCAAUAACUUUUGACUGUAAUUUUUGUUGCAAUAUGUGAAGUCAGUAUUUGUUCAAUGUUUACAUGUACUGUAAUAGUGAUCAAGCAUUUGGAAAUCUUUACAAAUCCGUAAUCAGUACCAGAACCAAUUGGUCAUGUUUACACUACCAUAUCUAAUUAUGUUCAUUACAUUAUGUAUAUUAUAUGCUCAUUACCAUAUGUAUUGAAAAUAAACGUUUAAUAUUGUUA